ACCCCACUAGGUCACUGAACUUAUGCACAUUAUUCACUUGGAGUAUCAAUGGAUCCAAAGAACAUUAUCAUGAACAAUGAUUAGUAUGCUCCAGAACUUCAAUCUUGUCGAGACGAUUACAGCCUCAAGAAAGAAAGGCAGGGGUAAAUCACACUAAUGUUACUUGCAGAAAACAUGUGCUUCCUUCUAUUUUUUGGGACGGGGAGGAGUAAAACAAUUAUGACGUAUCAACUUCUUGUGGUAGACCAGAUUCAAUUUUCUCACAUUUAAGUGGCGUCUGUUAGGUUUUUUUUUUCUUUUUUUUAAUGGUGAUUUUCAAAUUAUGAUUUAUACAGUUUGGUGUAUUAUUCACGUAUCCAUGAUAGAAAUCAAAAUAACUUUUUUUGAUAAUACUCAUUGAGUCGCUAAAAUUCAGACCGGUAAAACAAUUAAGACGUUCUCCUCAUAGUAGAACUCAAAAACUUCAUUCAAACAAGUAAAACAGGCGCAGGAAUGUGAUAAUUGAAACCAAAUUAUUUGUCGAGUAAGUUCGGGACAUUUUUGAAAAUAGUUCGGGCUUGGCCCAAGCGUAUUUUGUUCAGAAACUUAUUGGAUCAGAAAACAAAUCCUACAGAAUGCUGGGCAUCCAACACGAAAUAACUUAAUAAUAGGGUCCUCGAUCUCUUAUUUCCUGAAAUUCUUAAAAUCAACCAUUAACCUGAGCCAAUUCGAGUUAUUUCCGAAUUUCUAGGGUUAAGCUCGCAAUUGGGAAAAUGGCGACGACGAGUAAAUUCUUCGCCUCACUAGCGAGGAGGACGACGGUACUGAAGCCAGUCGAUCAGCGAAUGACAUUUUCAGCGUUAUCGGCGUCAACAUCUCCGGCCGGAGGAGGGGCGCCGAUGCCGAUUCUAUGCGGCCGAGGGGAUAAGCGGACGAAGAGAGGGAAGAUUUUCAAAGGGUCGUACGGGAACUGGAGACCAAAGAAGGAGAAGAAAAUCGAACGAAUCAAGGAUAGGCUUGAGGUUCCGAGAUCCACUCCUUGGCCUCUCCCUUUCAAACUCAUUUGAUUUCGUGUUAGUUUUUUCGUUUUCACUAAAGUUUAGUAAAGCUUUAUUGCAAUGUUAGUGGUUCUGCCUUAAUAGUACUCGAUAGAGAUUUUGAAUUGAAUUUCGUUUGCCCUUUUCGCAAGAAUGUGUACAUUUUCAAAAUAAAGAAUGUUGAAAAUGUUGUGGCUGUUGUUACUCUUUGAUUUUGAGCUGAAGUUUUCCCUUCCAGAGGAAAUUUAGGGAAUGAUUGAUUGUUGAAAUUUGCUGUUUGUGAUUAACUUGUGUCAAAAUGGAGUAUCGGGAUGUUAAUGGUUGUCCUAAGUUGUGGCAAUGGAAUUUUGCAAAGCAGACUGUUUGAUGGAAUACUAUGGGAGUGCCAGCUUGAAGUUUUGUCACACUUCCCCGUUUGGAUUGUAUGGGCUUUGUACUAGUGAUGUUGCUACACUGGAAAAAGUUAGCUGUACCAACCGUUUUUUGUUUCAUACGACAGGGUAGGUAGGCAUAUGGCUAUUCAGAUCAUAUGAUUUCGACUUGUAGGAAGAGGCAUUACAUUCUGUUGUGUUAAUUUUUGUAUAACUUGCUGUGACUGGGAUUUCCAGACUCGCCACAGUGAUAUGGCCGGCUUGAUUUAGUUCGCAUUUCAGCCAUAUCUGAGACUUAAGGCUGAUGAUUCCUUGAAAAUGCUGAUAUCAUGUAUUCAUAUUUUGCUAGUAGAUUGUGCAUAGAAAACCUUUAUGGAGCCAAUGCAUCGUAUCUUGAGGAACAUACUUAACGAGCAUGUAGAAGAGGACUAAUUUGUGCAUACUUGCUGUGCUGCCGUCCUUCUGAAGUCAUCUUUUCUUUGCUUCUUUUCUUUUUGCAUGAGCUAGAGACUGUUGUUGGUUGAUAGCAAAUAAUUUACAGAUACCUGAGGGGCAGUGAUGCUUAGGCAUAGACUGUUGUUCCAGUUGAGUAACUUAUUGCUUGAUUUGGGGAGUUUAUCUUCGUGGCGAUGCUAUAUCUGGUGUUUGACUUCAAUGUUCAUUACUUCCACUGGGUUUACUUAAUGCUUUCAAUUGGAAAUGGGAAG